AUUUGAUAGAUAAAUAGUUUUAGUGGCGUGUGACUGAGUGUAGAGAAUCACGUUUAUAACUGACCUUAAGCUAGCGCGAUGGUUUUCAUUAGUUUUAUUGUGUUGAAUCUCAUAUUAGCGUUACUUUAUAUAACGUAUUGUAAAUUAACAUACGGUAUAAAUAAAUGCAGCAGGCAUUUGGUCGGUAAAGUGGUGAUAGUGACCGGAAGCAGCAGCGGUAUAGGAUACGAGACGGCAAAAGACUUAGCGGAGCGUGGAGCCAGGGUAAUACUCGCUUGCAUAAAUGAUCUACACGGUAACAAGGCCAGAGACCAGAUCAUUUCAGAAUCCGGGAACCAGGAUGUGCAUUAUCGUCAGCUGGAUUUAGCGUCCUUUGAUUCUGUUAGAAGAUUCGCUGAAGAAUUCAUUAAAACCGAAAAGCGUUUAGACAUUCUUAUCAACAAUGCUGGAGUACUCGUCGUGGACAAUGUAAAGACGGAAAACGGCUUGUUUGUCGGUAUGCAAACAAAUCACUUCGGGCCAUUUCUGCUCACGAAGCUUCUUCUUCCGCUAAUUAAAUCGUCAGCUCCGAGUCGCAUCAUCAACGUUACGUCCAUAGCCUACUCAAAAGGAAUUAUUGAUUUUAAUAAUUUAAAUUUGGAAAAAGAAACGCCGCAGUCAUACAGUAAAAUGCAAGCAUAUAAAAACAGCAAGCUGUGUAAUGUUCUAAUGACCACUGAGUUGGCGAGACGGCUUGAAGGUACUGGAGUGACUGCUAAUUGCUUACAUCCCGGCGUAGUAAAAACUGAAAUUGUAAAUUAUGAUAAACUGCCAUUUUCGAAGUACUGGGUUCCUAUCGCAAGUUUAUUUGUUAAGACCCCUCGGGAAGGGGCCCAGACUUCAAUAUACCUGGCGGUGUCUCCUGAGGUAGAAAACGUAACUGGCUGCUAUUUCGCCGAUUGUCAGGUUAAAACUUUAAGCAAAACGGGGCGUAAUACUGAACUGGCUCGUCGUCUCUGGGAAGAGUCUGAAAAAAUAAUUGCGAAGAAAUGAAAUAAAUUUAUAUAUAUAAUAUAAAUAUAUUUUUUAUAUAAAAUGAAUAUAAUGUGGUAUUUAUAUAUAUAGAAAAUAAUUAUGAAAGUAAUAAAAUCAAAGGAUAAUUUUCACACUAACUGUUAAUUAUUUCAAGGAACCAACUAGUUUACGCGCGCACGUAGAUACUAUACAAAACAAUAAAAAUGAGAGGAAUUUGCUAUUUUUAUCAUUAAUAAUUAAAUCACUCUUAUCUGUUCAUUUUUAACAAACAUGGUGUGCUUUGUUAAAUCAAAUAAAAUGUGGCCACUAUGAAACAAAUAAUUAGUAAACAAGUACCUAGUAAUAAGAAACUUGUUUACAAA